UAUAAUUGUUACUGUUUUCUCUACUUACAUUUUGUAACCAAACAAGUCGUCAAUUGUAAGAUGGAAGGCAAAUUUGUAGUGCUAAGUGUGCUCAUGAUGAGUCUGAUCAUGUCACAAAUUCAAGUUGAAGGAAAGGUCUGCUGCCCAUCCCAAUUUCAGAGAUCUCUCUAUGAGAUCUGUUACUGGAAUCCAGUAACCUUUCGCCAAAUGUCCACUUGUUCAGCAGUUGGUGGAUGCAAAUUGAUUUAUACGGGUAUAUGCCCUUCGAACCUUCCUUACAACAAUCUCGAAAAAUCAGGUGAUGAUGUCAAUAAAUACUGCAAUCUCGGGUGUGCUUCCUCUGUGUGUAGUGCCAUGACUACUCUCAAGAACUUUGAUGCUAGUGAAAUUGUGAAUGGAGCAAUUGAAAAAUGUAUCAGUGCAUGUUCUACUCUCUGCACCAAGGGCUUUGUUAAACCUGCAACUGAAACCGCCUAAACGAGUAAUAUCCACGAAGAUACCACCACGUCCAUAUUUCAAAGUUUGUUUUCAACAAUUGUCAAACUAUCCGACAAAAGGUGUUACUGUUUCCGUAUGUGUCGUAGAAGCUGGUUGUGUAUGAGUGUAUCCCAUCCCUUCUACUUGCUCUUCGUAUCUUUAUAAAAAAUA